GAUUAUUUCUAUUAAUAUAUCUUCCUGUUGACGGAGGCGUCUGAAGUUUUCUCUUCACUGUAUCUGCAACACGGCAGCUUCCAGGCCUCUCCAAGGCAACCUCACUCCCGAGGGUCCUGGUCCCAACAGGGAUAUCAAGGGAUCAUGGUCCUUUGCUGCCUGUUGUCAAAUAUCCAGAAAGCAAAAUGCUUCCGAAAUCUCCUGGAUUUCUAGUUGUUUAAGAGCUCAGAGCCACCCACAGCCGCAGCCAUGCAGUGCCUCCUCCUCACCCUGGGUGCGGCCCUGGUCUGUGGUAUCCCGGCCACGGACAUCCCCCAGACCAUGCAGGACGUGGAGCUCCCAAAGUUGGCAGGGACCUGGCACUCCAUGGCCAUGGCGACCAACAACGUCUCCCUCAUGGUGACACUGAAGGCCCCUCUGAGGGUCCACAUCACCUCACUGUGGCCCACUCCCGAGGACAACCUGGAGAUCGUUCUGCACAGAUGGGAGAACCACAGCUGUGUUGAGAAGAAGGUCCUUGGAGAGAAGACUGAGAAUCCAAAGAAGUUCAAGAUCAACUAUACGGUGGUGAACGAGGCUAUGCUGCUCGAUACUGACUACGACAAUUUCCUGUUUCUCUGCCUAAAGGACACCACCACCCCCAUCCAGAGCAUGAUGUGCCAGUACCUGGCCAGAGUCCUGGUGGAGGACGAUGAGAUCAUGCAGGGAUUCAUCAGGGCUUUCAGGCCCCUGCCCAGGCACCUAUGGUACUUGCUGGACUUGAAAGAGAUGGAAGAGCCGUGCCGUUUCUAGGGCUCCCCUGCAACAUCUUGCUCUUCCUCCCUCUACUUAAGUGACCGGUAAACCCAACAUCUCGCCUCCGCCUCCAGGAAGACCAAACUCCCACCCUUCCACACCUCCAGAGCAGUGGGACUUCCUCCUGCCCUUUCAAAUAAUAUCCACAGCUCAGAAGACGAUGACGUGGUCAUCUGUG